GCCGCGCCUGCGCACGGGGAGGUGAGGGCUCCUUAUAUGGGGCGGGCUUGAAAACGCCCCUUCUUCUGUUGCGUAUUGCGGCUCCGGGCGGGGGCGUGGCUUCCUCUCGGCCCCGCCCCUCCCUCGUUGUGACGCUGCUGGGUGUCAUAGCGACGCUAAGCGGCUUCAGCAGAUGGCGAGGAGCCGCCGGUGAGGACGGAGCUGGGGCGCCUUCAGCCCGGAGGUGAGGGAGGGUGAACGUGUGAACGUGUGACGCGGGAGAGGGAAGAGAGGGGUGGCCCGAAGCGGGUCGGGGUCUUCCUUAGCUGAGGCGAAGCGGUUUCAAGACCCCUUUAUAGCACCUGCUGUUUCUACGACACCAGCCUCCCCCCAAAUGCUUAGAAAGCUGAGGUGGUUUUUAAUAGGGGUCAGCGUUUUAACUUUUGUAUUUCUCUCUCUCUCUCUCUCUCUCCAUUUCACUGUUUUAUCUUUCGUAAGCUGCUUUGGGGUCGUCGUUUCGCAGUCAGGCGGUGUGUAAGUUUGAUUAAAUAAAUAAAUACCUCUCCUUUUCCUCCAAGGAGCUCCCCCUCCCCCCAUUCUCACGUCUUUUUAUUUUAUUCCCACAACACCCUUGUGAGGUAGGCUUUGCUUAGAGAGGGGCAGUGGCGGGUGGGGCUGGCCGGCCGGCCAAUAAUAAAAAUAAUAAUAAAUAAUAAUUUAUUAUUUAUACCCCUUCCCCAGCCACUCUGGGCGCCUUCCAAAAAAAUAUUAAAAUACUGUAAUACAUCAAACAUUAUAAGCUUCCCUAAGAACCCUUGAGCCCUAGUUUGACACCCCUAAUCCUUACACCCUGCUGCCUUUCUUCUAGUAUCUGUCCCAAUAGUCUUUUAACCUUACCUGCUAUGUGAGACUGGCUUCAAUUAUUAUUUUUUAGGAGUAGCUCUGUCAGUAGAACUCACGAAUCUUAAUCUCAGGGUCAUGGUUCAAGCCCCACGUUGGGGCAAAAGAUUCCUACAUUUCAAGGGGUUGGACUAGAUUGACCCUUGUGGUCCUUUAUGAUUCUAUAUACAGUGGUACCUCGGGUUACAUACGCUUCAGGUUACAGACUCCGCUAACCCAGAAAUAGUGCUUCAGGUUAAGAACUUUGCUUCAGGAUAAGAACAGAAAUCAUGCUCCGGCGGCGCAGCAGGAGGCCCCAUUAGCUAAAGUGGUGCUUCAGGUUAAGUACGGACCUCUGGAAUAAAUUAAGUACUUAACCUGAGGUACCACUGUGUGGCCAUCUUUCUACCUUUGUCUUCUCUCCCCACCCUCUUUCUCCUCCUGCAUCUCAUUGUUUGAAACUGACACCCCCCUUUAAAAAAGAAAUUAAAGGGUGGUUCUGCCUUUGCACAGCCUAUCCAACAUGUUUCUGUUCCCCAGUUUUGGCUGUCAACCCGCCAGGUGAAGUAUCUCAUUUAGUCUUGCUAUCUGCUUUAGUAAUUCAAAAGCCACGGGUUGUGAGAAAACUGCUUGUGUGCCAUGAGAAGUAAAGUUUGUGCGCAUCCACGAAAGAGGCCGUCUGUUGUGUGUCUGCAAUGCAUGAUUCACUAUAUGGGUCUUGCCUCCUUUCAGUUAGUCUCUUUGCCAGGGGUGAGAGGAUAAUCCUGCCACCUCUCUGCAUGGGGUUGUGUGAUGGCAUCAUUCAGUUACCCCAAUAUAGAGUUGCAUUUUUGAGUGCCUCUUGACUGUAAGGUGGAGGCAAGCAUGAAGUGAGCGGUCCUUGUAGAAAGGUGAAUGUGCACUCAUCCUAUAGAAAAAAAUUGGCCGCUGUCAGAAUAGCCUUUUUCAGGUUGAAGAAUGAUGUGUGCCUCCAACUUUAAAUUUGUGUGUGGGAUUGUACUGAAUAGUUGGGCAUGGUAGUUUUAAGAACUAGCUCCUCCUGUAUGAUCCUGCCUGUCUAUUGUGGUCCUCAGUGGAGGUUGUUCUCUGUUUCGCGACCAUGAGAGGUGUGGCUGGAGUCCACAUAGGACAAGGUCUUCUUCUUUUGUGGAACUCUCUCUUGAAUAUUUGUUUGCCCCCCCCCCCCCGUAUUUCCAUGGCUUGUAAAGGCUGUGUUUUUGUCAUGCCUUAGGGGUGGAUUAGCUCUCUCCGUGACUUCUGUUUGUGCUGCUUAUAAAGCGUUUAAAUUGCUGAGAUGCUGUUGUGUUUGAUUAUGGCCCCUUCCAGAUGCCCUUUUUAGUUUGCAUUCAUGAUCUGUGCUCAUGAUGGUAUCAAGGUGGUUACGUAAUCUGUUUUUCUGGUACUUUUUGCACGUGCAAAAGUUUUGGGCGUACAACUUGGUUUCCUGCCAGUGCAUGUCCUUUAACUUCCUCCUGAAAUUCUGUAAGUUUUUAUGCCAUAAAUGUCCUGGCUUUUUUUUUUUUUUGAUACAUUAUAGUUCAAGAGUGCCUCUCCAAAUGGCAGCAAUGCAGUAGCACUGGGGAAGCAUCACAGAACAACUUAUAAAGCAGAAUGAUGGGUAGAUGGUCCACUACAGUGGUACCUUGGUUUAAGAACAGCUUAGUUUAUGAACAACUUGGAUUAAGAACGCUGCAAACCCGGAAGGAGGUGCUUUGGUUUGUGAACUUUGCCUUGGAAGCAGAAAAUGUUCCGCUUCCUGUUGAGUGUGUUCCAUUUGUAAAUUGAGUCCCCCGCUGCUAUGGGAAAGCAUGCCUUGGUUUAAGAACGGACUUCUGGAACAGCUUAAGUUCAUAAACCAAGGUACCACUGUACUAAUGUUCUGUUACUGCUUCAGUGACAUAUUGCAGAACACGCCCCAAAACAAACAAAAAACAUAGCCUGGAGGUGCCCUACACAUUUUCCUGUUUUGGUUGGUUGGUUCUGUUAAUUUUUAAGUUUUGAAAGGUGCGCUUGGGGGCCUUUUAAAAUGGCCAGGUAUACUAUUUGGGUUACCAGGAAUGUGAAAACAUGAACUUAAUCGGUGAAAAAGGACUGUCCUCAACAUUUUCUCUCAGUAUUCUGUCAUACACCAGUGUGACCCAAGUCUUAGAGCCCAACCCAGUGGUGUCCCCGAAUGCACCCUUGUAUAAAUCUCUCCCCUUCUCUCCCCCAUGUAAAAUAAUGAUGAAUAAUCCCAUCUUUGUUGGGGGAUAUAAAAUGCUGUACAGUAUAUGGGAGGAAGGGCAGUGUUACAGUGUGAUCAAGGCCUUUCAUUCCUGCUGCUGAAAGGCCUGACCCACAAUGACAGUACAGUAUUGCAGUCAUCCCUACAGUCACACAUUGUCCUAAUGACAUUCAUCUUGCUAGUAAAUAAUGUUUUUGUCUUGGUGCUGGUGGGGAGCGAGCUACUUGUAGAGAAAUGGGGUGGGAGGCCCUGUAGGAGAAGUGGGUCAGGGCCAUGAGAGAGAUGCUCUUGGGGGUAAGAAGAAGCAGUGGGUUUAAGUGGGGGGAAGGGGGUGUAGCUGGAUGUGGCUUGUGCUUAGGGAACUUGGAUUUCCUCACUUUCUAGGAGAAGUCUAAUUAGAUACAGUGGUGCCCCGCAAGACGAAUGCCUCGCAAGACAAAAAACUCACUAGACGAAAGGGUUUUUUGUUUUUUGAGCUGCUUCGCAAGACGAUUUUCCCUAUGGGCUUGCUUCACAAGACAGAAACAUCUUGCAAGUUUGUUUCCUUUUUCUUAACACCGUUAAUACAGUUGCGACUUGACUUCGAGGAGCAACUCAUAGAACGCGGUGUGGUAGCCUUUUUUGAGGUUUUUAAAGACUUUGAUGAUUUUUGAAGCUUUUCCAAGACUUUCCCGACACCAUGCUUCGCAAGACGAAAAAAAUCACAAGACGACAAAACUCGCGGAACAAAUUAAUUUUGUCUUGCGAGGCACCACUGUACUGUUAUGAGUGUUUCUGGUCUUCCUUAGUGACCCUCUCUCUCCUCCUUUUUUGCCCAUCUUGAGUGGUGAAGGGUCUGGUCUUGAUUUUACGUGUUUUUCUUUGUGUUACGUGUUUUAAGUUUGUUCUUCCAACAUCUCCCAACCAGUGCACAUUCUCUUUAUCUAUCCAAAAAAUAGCGCUAUUGUUUUUUAGACAUGGGUAUGCUUCUUUUAAGGUUAUGUCCACAACUAGAGCUUAGUUCUUGUUUGUUUUAUUUAUUAAAACAUGUUUCCCUGUUUGGGUGGCUCUUAAGAUGUCUCACAACAUAUUUUAAGAACAAUACCACUGGGGUGGAUUUGAUUUAAAUCAAAUAGAUUUAAAUCACUAGUCAGUAAGACUUGAUUUAAAUCAGUUUCUGCAUACUCGUUCUUGCUGGUAUAAUCUUAAUAUUUACAACCAGAUGAAGGUUUCAAUUUUGGAAUAAUAAAAUUUAAAAGUAGUUUUUACAGUUAUAUCAAAAAUUACUGAUUUGGUUAUACUAUUAGAAAUACAUAGACAUAAUUAUGAAAUUAUUGUGAGGUUUAAUAAGUUAACUGUUUACAUUUAGACAACUUUUCUGCUGUACUUUAUUGGAAGGAGAAAAAUAAUCAUUUCCUUAAUAACAAUUUAAAUAAUUUAUUUAUUUAACAUUAUAGCAUAUGUAUCCAUAUUUGUUAACUAAUGUGGUUAGAGACUUUAUUGUUUAGACAAUGUCAGGCGAGUCCUGGGAAGAAGGGCCUGGAACCAGUGAACUCUUAUUAGUUGACUGGCAAGCACUUUAAGGACUUAUAGAUCCCAGUUACUAUUUCCACCCUACCCCCCUUUGGAUAUGCUUCUACAUUCAGGUGUAUAUUCUGUACAGUUCAGUGCAGUUGUUGGAACCCAGUGGGGGAUUAUUUAAAUCAAAAAAAUCCUAUUUUUUAUUUUUUUUUAAUAUCGUUGAUUUUUAUCCACCCUGAAUACCACAAAUGAAACAGUAUUAAAAAUCAUCAGCUGAUCAGAAAAUGUUGUUAAUCUUGUCCACAUUCUUCUUUUACAAAUCCAAACCUUAACUUCUUGACUCAAAGUGAGCGGUGCCCUGAGCGUUCCAUAGUUUAAAUGUUACAGUUGGGGAAAGUCUCGUCUCACAUUCAUGCAUGCCUUACUUCAGGUGAGGGGUGAAGAACUUGUGCCCCCCUCCCACCCCCAAGUUGCUGGACUAAGUACCAUGAUCAUUGGCUGUGGCUGAUGGGAGCUUGAGUCUGACAAUAUCUAGAGGGCCACAGAUUUCCCCAUGCCUGCUUUAGAUGACAGGGGUUCAGGCUGCAGACCUGCAAGUCUUGAAUGGUGCAUAUUACCAAGUUUAUAUCAAAGGAGGCAGUUCCUGAAGUAUCUUGGUCCCAGACUCUUUAGGGCUUUGAAAGUUAAGACUCGCACAAGCGGGCACUCAAUGAAACUGGAACAACACUGUAUGGUAAUCCAAAACAUCUUGCAGCAGGCAACAGUCUGGCUGCUGCAUUCUGGAGCAAUGGUAGUUUCCAGACUUACUUCAAAGGAUGAUGCUGGAUCCACAAGCCCUUCCUAGGUGUACACUAUACCUUUCCUUGCCCGGGAGCAUAGCCCCACCAGCGGCAGGCCAAACAUAUGAAUCUGUAUGAUACAGUAUACAUAUAUAUUCAUGUCAUAGCUGUCAAGUGUCCCUUAUUUGAAGGGACAGUCCCUUAUUCCAGCGCCAUGUCCCACUGCUGUCCCUUAUUGAUGGAUGUCCCUUAAAUGAUGUCCCUUAAAUUUCAAAGGAAGCACCUCCUCUCCCUCCCUCCCUGCCAGCCAGGGAGGAGGGAGGCUCCAACUGUGUUGCUUGGCUGUGUUGCUCACCCAGUAAGAAGUCUAAGAACGACUGGGGGGUGGAGCUUGCAUGCCUUGUGUGUGGCUGGUUAAUGCAACCUGAGGGGUUUUUUGAAUGCUGGACGCCAUUUUGUUGCACGUGCUGCUGCAAACUUUGCAGUGCAAAGCCAGGCCGGGGAGCCAUUUUAAGCUGAGGCUGCAUAGGCCUUGUGGUGCAUGUGCUUCAGAUUCUAUUCAGUUGAACCUCUGGUUACAAAGUUGGUUGGACAGUGUUCUCGAAACUACCCAGCAUGUUUGACCAGACUGCAGGAGGACAGGAAAACUGGAGUGCCUGGAACAGGUGAGGCUGCAGGUCCCUUAUUUUGGCUGCUGGUCCCUUAUUUUCAAAUCUGUAAGUUGACAGCUAUGAUUCAUGUGCAGCGAAAACAGCGUCAUUUGCUGUUUUUCCCCCUAUUGUGAUUGCAUUAGCAAGAGGGAGGACAAAGGUGCUGCAACUGUUUAUAUGCUGCAAGCUGUUUGGGAUCCAUAUAAAGUGCAGGAAGUAGAACUGGACAAUAAAUUUUGGUUUCCAAGUACUGUAUCUUCUUUUAAUGAUUUCUAGGCUGUCUUUGUAGGGCAAACCCUUCUCAAGGCAGCCUAACUUCAAAUUUAAAAAAGGCAGUUAACUUAAAACAUUUCAAAAGCCAGCACCCUGCUCAUAUUAAUUAAAUAUCAAACAGGAUACUUGGUUGUCACUCUUCUCUCUCUCUCUCUCUCUCUCUCUGUGCUUUCUUAUGCCUGGGCAAAGCAAGCUACAAUUUUGAGGUGAGAGAAAUGAGAUAUCCUCUUGUUUUGCCCCUUCCCAGAAAUUUAGCACAGCCGUAAUACAUGGUGUAAAAGUGAAGAGAAACAGUGCAAAAAUGUAGAUUGUAUACAGGUUGCAGAAUUCAUUCAUUUCCCCAUCACCAUCUUGGUGCAGAAUUCUAACCUUUUCUUUUGGAUUACAUGUGAAACUGAUGGUGUCCCUUUCUGAAGCAGAUUAACCUGGGGUGGGAGAGAUACUGCUUUUAAUGUCAACAUUUGCCCUCUGCUUCACCAUUUCAGGACACAUUAGGAACCCCCUCCUUCCCGAAAAAACCUGAUGCAAUGGGGUCUUUGCAAUCUGUCGGCACCAGCUCCUACUCCUCCAGGCGACGACAGAGAGAAGAGGACAACGAUUUGCUAGACAACAAGGAUCGGGAGGAAGACAUUGCUAAGUUUCCAUAUGUUGAAUUCACUGGGCGAGACAGCAUCACCUGCCCCUCCUGCCAAGGCACUGGCUGCAUCCCAACAGGUAAUUCUGGCUCUGUAUACCUUAGCCUGCUAGCUUACUUCCAGAGGACGGUGAGUUUUUGCACUACUAGGCCAUACCUUAAUGGCAUCCUAAAGUGCCUUUUCCUACUCCUGCAAAUCCUGUCUUCUAGCAUUUCCUACGAUCUCACCUUGGGCUGUGCAAUAACUGUACUUGAGAAGUUCCUCUUGGGCCAGGCCGGCCAAUGGCCUGGAGAGCUUCCCCUGUGUAUGUUGUGGCUUACUACUUUGAUCUAUCUGGAUUUGUGUGGAGUAAACCAAUCCCUUGUCCUGCAGGAAUCGCUGGCGUGGUAUUCACACAACUUGCUGUUGUUGCACACCAGUCAUGCCUAAUAAGUGAGGGCUGUUGGAACAUAGAGAAUCCUACCCCCAACAUAGGACUUGGACUGGGCUUCCUUCAGGCCCCUUCCUGCUAUACAGUUUUGCAAUCUGCUGUUGUCAGUGGACUCCAUAACAAGCUUCAGCUCCCAUUGGUUUUUAAAGCAUGUUUCAUCCUGUGGGAUCUUCCCUGCUCCCCACCCCCUUGUGAUUUUCCUGCCACUUGUAGUUUAUGUCCUUUAUAAAUAACAGUCACAUGGUGAUGUGGUGCGCACCUCGUUUCUCAGAGGUGAGGUUGGACAGACUGAAUCUCACUCUGCAGACCUGAUGUUGCCUGCCUCUGGUGGGGCAAACUUGGCAGAUUCUGUGGAGUGGUAGGUAGCACCUCUAGAUCAGGAUUCUAGACUCAUUUCUGCCACAAGUGUAUAAUUUUGUUCAAGUUACAUUUAUUUCUAUUUCUACCCUAUACAGGGAUGAAGAACCUGUUGCCUUCUAGAUAUUGUUGGAUUCGAACUCUCAUCAGCCCCAACAAGCCUGGCCAAUGGCCACAGGGGAUGGGAGUGGUAGUCCAAUAAUAUCUGGAGGGCCUCAGGUUCCCCUUCCCAAUCUUGUUUGUUUAUUUUACUUAAACUAAAGGUUCCCAAGGUGGACUUGAAACCAGUCUGUUGUUUUGUUGAGUAUGAGUUAUCAUAGCCUCCAAUUCUUUAAACAGCUUAGGUAACACCUACCCCAUCCCACCCGUCCUUGUAGAGUUGUUCACUUCUCAGUCCUGUUGAUAAUUCAGGAAAUUCAAGUAAGCUAUUUAGGACUUUUUCAUAUGGAAACCCAGAUUUCACAGUUCUCAGGCUGACCUUAAAAAACUGUGAGGUGCAUAUCUGUGCAUUGAAAACAAGCCUGUAAGACUUGAGAGCUUCUAGCAUUGGCAAUUACUUCUUGCUUUCUUCUUCUAGAGCAAGUCAACGAAUUGGUAGCUCUAAUACCAUACCAUGACCAGAGGUUAAAACCUCAAAGGACGUAAGUACAAAUGAAGUCUCUAACUCCUCUUGCUGCCUUUAUGUUCUGGACAUAGACAUGGAAGUGAAUUAAUAUCCUGCUGAGAUAUCUCACCUCCGCGUCCAGUUUGCUUUCUGCCCAACUACUCUAAUCUACAAAAUGCCUUGACUACUUCUUGAUUGUAACCUGAAAUGUUUACUGAAUAAAUCAGAGCCUAUAAAAAAAGGCAACUCAGUUUGUUCCCAUUCUACAAAGUGAAUUCCAGUAUUUCUGGUGUUUAGUAAGGCAGGUGUCUUAACAAGUUUGCUGAAUGUGUUAGCAGAUGCACACCAUACAUUUAAAGCACACCAAACACACAUUUAAAGCACAUGGCUUCCCCCAAAAGGAUCAUGGAAACUAGUUUUAAGAGCAGCGGAACUGUAGGUCUGUGAUGGGGGAACUACAGUUCCCUGGAUUUGUUGGGGAGGAGUCAUGUGCAUCGAAUGCACUUUAAACAUAUGGUGUGGAAGCAAAACUGAACGUCUCAUAUUGAAGGCUUUCCCACACAUGAAGUUUACAUAGCCAUCGAACCUCUCUUCCAUAAGCUUGGGGAUACAGGAGAGCAAACCACAGAUUUGCUACUGUAGGUUUUUAUAGAACUAGAGAAAUAACUGCUUUAAGUUCCAUGUGUGGAAAUGUCUUCAAACCACCAAAAGGAGACUUUAAAUACUUUAAAGACUGACAGGAGCAUUGCGGCAGAAGCUGUUAUGAAGAAGAGUUUGCUUCCUUAGAAGUGUUUUCCUUGGUCAGCAGAUGUGCACCCACUCAUGGGGAGAGCAAAUGUUUAGUCUUGAAACUGUUCUUGGCCAAGUUGUGUUUUCCCUGUAAAAACAAACUCUGGAAGUCCUGUUUACAAAUUCAAUCUCGGCUUUAACAGCCAUUUUGACCACAGUGGCUGGAUUUUGAAGGGAAGGAGAGGGAGACAGUGACUUGUGGGCCUAGUGAGUGAAAACCUAAUGUUGUGCUUCAGAUUGCAGCCAGCUUUGUACAGAACCUCUCUCUGCCUUGUUGGGGUGAGCCCAAAGAUGGCAUUGUCUGAGCAUCAUAAUUUCCUAUUUCAGGCUUUGUGCUGGAAAGCUGUAGUGCUUUUUUUGCUGCCUGGCUUGAUGCAUAUCCUGAACAAAAAAAGUGUGUAUUAUCUGUUGCCUGCCCCCAGAGAUACUGAGGUGCAUCUUCAGGAUGUUUUGAGGAGCUUUUGUAUAAUGAAGGGUUAAAUUAUUUUUUCUGAUGGGAGGGUAAGGGGAGAAUUUUGCAAUGAUAGGACUUUGUGGAGAAGAACUGAUGGAUUAAAUAUAACAGCCUAGUCCAGUGCCUUGUGCUUCCUUUGUGUUAUGUACUGAAGUUCUCACCCUGGGCCAGCAGGGGGAUACUGUAGGUAGUUAUGCAAAUAAGGGAUCGAAAGUGACACUCAGUGAUUGGAUAGUUUUAGAAAAUUGCUACAUUUACGUUGUACUGGAGCUCUAUAUAAGCAGGCUGACUGAAUCCUUCAGUUCAGUUCUGUUCUGGCCUGUGAAUAAACAAGAGCUGUUUGAAGAAUCGCUGUGUCGUCUGAUAUGUUCACCCACAACUUAACACUUUGCAAAAUGGAGAUGUGCUUUGGUGUGUUCACUAGUUGCUGGGAAUCACGAGCAAGGAGAGUGCUGUUACCCUGAGGCUCUGCUUGCUGAUGUUCUUCCUGUAGGCAUCUGUUUGACCAGUGUAAGAACAGGAAGCCUUUGGCCUGAUCCAGCAAGGUCCUUCUUAUGUCCUUAUGCAUAUAAUGUGUGGAUCUGUUAGCAGGAGCUGAGCCUAGGAAGGGAAGCUGGCUAAACUGUUGAUCUUGUCCUCUGCAGGAAACUCUAUGUUUUGGUGUCGGUGCUGCUCUGCCUCCUGGUGUCGGGGCUGGUGGUCUUCUUUCUCUUUCCUCAUUCAGUCCUUGUGGAUGACAAUGGCAUCAAAGUGGUUACGGUCUGGUUUGACGAGAAAAACUCCCUUGUGGUCCUUGCCAUCACGGUAAUACCCAAGUGUGUCUAUAUGUUACUUAAUGCAGCUGUAGUUUUCUGGAUUGGUGCUAAGAAUCUUACCGGCUUCCUGCCUUUCUUUUCCUCUGUCCUACUUUAUAGGCCACUCUCCGGAUCAGAAACUCCAAUUUCUACUCGGUAGCAGUAACUAGCUUGGCCAGCCAGGUGCAGUACAUGAAUACUGUGGUUGGGACUCGGCAGAUCAACAACGUCACCCGUAUCCAGGCACUGAGCGAUCAGCUGGUACUGCAGUCUGGAAAAGCAAUAGGGGUCUUUCCUUUAUGGUGGGGAGAGAGGAGAUGCAGCCUCUUAAACUAAUGCGACUUUGCUUGUGCCCUGUUUUUCCAGGUGAACUUCACAGUGAAGGCUGAAAUGGGUGGACCAUCUUCUUAUGUAUAGUAAGGACUUGGUUUUUUGCUUAUCUGUGUUUGGACCUCAGCUAGGCUCUGCAGCACUUACCCCAGAGUAGCUGCCACCUCUCUCCACCCACCUCCACUUUUCUAGAGAGCUUUUGGUUCCCUCAAGUAGUUAAUUGUCUUAUGCCUGCUGGAGCAACUGCACAAGCUUUGGAAAUGGUCUUUCAGCAAUAUCUUGCAAUUGUAUUAUAGCAUUGCCUCUCAAGAUGUGGAGAAUCAUGCCCCUCCCAGCCAAACUUACGAUAGCUUUUAUUGCAUGCUCCCACCACAAACCAAGAAGCCUCACUCGAGUGUGGUGUCUUGGUUCUUCCAUGCCACUGCUCUCCUGGUUCCUAGGUUUCCCUUCCCUCUUCUUGCUACUUUGCUGCAGGCCCAGCUAUCUCACACCAGUGUGGUAUAGUGGUUAGAGUGUUGGGCUAGGACAAAAGAGACCCAGGUUUGAAUCCCCACUGGAUGGUUGGGCUAGCUCAAGCUCUUUGCGUAACCUGCCUCACAAGGCUGUUCAAGCUAGAAAGUGCAGAUAGCUCCCAAAUAAAGAUAAAAAAGGCAUCAAAAUGUUAUCAAAGCUUGAAGAGCACUGCACUUCAUUAAACACUUGUCGUGAGAUGGUAAUUUGUCAAUAUGAUUAACGUGACAAGACUUCACAUUUUGUGUGUUUCCUUUUAAUUGUUCAAGUCUCUUGCCAAUUUAUUUCUUUGUCUUGGUCUCUUCCAGUUUCUUUUGCACUUUACCCAAGAUCAGAGUGCACAACAUGGUGAUUUUCAUGAGGUAUGCUGCUCUUAUAUUCUGCUUUGCCUCUGCUAGAAGUAAAUUUGACAUCAGUCGAUAAAGUGUGAAUUCCUAACUAGACCUGUUCCUGACCUGUAGGACCACUGGACUCCCAGUAAAUGUGUGGGUUGCAAGGAAGUACAGUGUACCUUGGGUUACAGACGCUUCAGGUUACAGACUCCGCUAACCCAGAAAUAGUACCUCGGGUUGAGAACUUUGCUUCAGGAUGAGAACAGAAAUUGCGCAAGGGCAGGCCCCAUUAGCUAAGGUGGUGCUUCAGAUUAAGAACAGUUUCAGGUUAAGAACGGACCUCCAGAACAAAUUAAGUUCUUAACCCGAGGUACCAUUGUAGAGUUUUGUGAGAAAUAAAAUAAAAAAUUAUCUGCUGGGUCAGUCCAAAUCUUGAAAGCUGAACUCUGUGACCAGAAUAAAUCACACAAAUCCCCAGAACAGAUUGGGGAAGGAGAGGGGAGAAUGUUUGCCUCGGUGCUUCUUUGAAUGACUGCAUUUUUAGCAUAGUAGAAAGGGGUACAGCCUCCCCCCCCCCCGCCGUGAUUCCUUCUCUUUGCUUCUACUUCUCAGGACUUCAGUGAAGAUCUCCUACAUUGGCCACAUAACUCAGAGUUCCCUGGAGACUCAUCAUUACGUCGACUGUGGUGCGAAUAUCACCUAUACCCAAGGCAGUUCUCGGCCUGUACCCACACCACCAACUAGGGUAGGUGUAGCUCAAGAGAAGAACAGUUUGAGUCAGCUAAUGUACUUCAGUGAUCCUAGCAGCCUGAUUUCGACUACUGUAUAAACUCAGGACAAUGGGACUUUGCUUUUGUAUUUUUGGAGGGCAGAGAGGGGUUGUUGUAGUUCUUGGUGAAACGGAAGCUAUGAAUGUCUCUGCACGCAGCACUUCUCCCACAUUAUUACAUGAAUAGCUGGACGACGCCUCGGCUCUUGUUUCGGAACAGCCUCUGCUUAGUCCCCCCCACCCCCUUCACGCUGCCAGCAUCUAGCUUGUGUUAUUUUGCUCUUAGCUGAUCAGCCUUGGUUCUUGAGGACACCCUCUUGAGAGCUUCUCUGUUCCUCCGUAAAAUUAGGGAAAAGCGUGUUUCUCCAGGUGCUUCAUUCCGCUGGACUACAAAGAAUGAAAUAAUUCCUAGGAUGGUGCUCCUAACUCUGUUGUUACCAAAGAGGGGAACUAAUAUUCGAUUGUGGAAGGGGAAGUAAUCUUAACCUCAUUUCUCGUGUACUGGUUUGAAACACUUGGCUUGCUUGUUGUCGGUGAGACUGACUAGCCAGGAAGUGAGAAGACUAGCCAGCAAUCUAAGUUUUGCCGAAGCAAAUGGAUUUUGCAAUAGUUACAGCCAUGUUGUGGGUGGGGAUUUCUAGACAUUCAACGGGGUUUUCAUGGUUGCAGUUCUUUUUAAGCUAGUUUUGACAUGCUGAGGAUUGGGAAGCUCCUUUGAUGUCUCUUAAGUGUAUUGUUCUAAAGGGAGUGCUAUUGAUUUAGAGCAGAGGUGGCUAACCAGUGGUCCUCCUGCCCCUAGCUUUCAUUCUUCCUUCCUGACAACUGGCCAUGUUAGCUGGAUUGAUGGGAAUUGGAAGGCCACAGGUUCCCUAUCCCUGACUUAAGAGUUGUCACACUUUCUGCAUCAGAUUUUUCUGCUAGGAAAGGGCUAUGAGACUUCUGGAUCUUUGCAUUAGGAAAACCUAUGAGCAGUGGGCUUUUAAAAAUCUGACUCUCCAAGCUGGGAAAUGUUGGGUCAGUUUAGUUGGCCCCUGUGCUGUUUAGAGGGGUUUGUUCUCAGUAUUUUUGUACUUUGUAGUAAAGAAAAAUAUUUAUCUUUUUAGUGUUUCUGUCUACAAUGUUCCCCUCUCUUGUAAGGAUCAAGAGGGAUACAUCCUAGGUAAACCGGGAAAGUAAAAUUUAGGACUGGAAGGAUACUCCUCUGGGUCACUACUAAUCCUUUUCCCUUUACACUUUAGUAACUUAAAAUAUCUGCUGCUGAAGUUCAUCUUCCCUUUAACACUUUUUUGUGUUCUAGCCAGUCUGUGGAGAAAAAAGACACCCAUUUGAAGUGAGUUUUAACUCUGUAUUUUGAUACUUAAAUGACGGGGAGAAUUAAUGUUUCUAUAGAAUCUGUACCUUUCUGCUUGGAAGACUCUAGUGCUAAAAAGUUAAUAAACCUUGUCUUUUGCUUUUGA